CUCUACCCUUGAUAUCCAUAUGAUAGAAACACCCGCCCCCUGUUUUAUGGGAAAAACAGUCCCAUCCGCAACCCACCUCCAGGAUCUUGUCAGAUUCACCUCCAAAACCUUGGACUCGCCAAAACUCUUAAAACCCAGAUCGAGAACCCGAUUCUUGUCCGAGCAAUUGAAGUGUGUGCCAGCGUCUGCAGGCCAGAGAGGCAACUUUGAGCAGGCAAUUCGAAAGAUGGAGGAAGGAUCAGAGAAGCAGGCAACGAACAGGGUCUCGCUUUCUGACGUGGUGUCUGACUGCGUCAAGCGGCGGUUCCAGGAGACACUCAAGGAGGCACGGGCAGGUGAUAGCGGGAUGCAGGUCCUGGUGGGCCAGAUGUAUUACAGUGGCUAUGGAGUCCCCAGAGAUGUCCAGAAAGGAAGGGCUUGGUUUACAAAAGCUUCAAAGAGUCGUUCCUCAGUUUGGAAGGUUAGCGAUAAGCACCCAGGUUAUAAUGCUAGUGAUUCUGAUUCGGAUGAGUUGAAGGGCGAUUUAAAGUAGACGUGAGUUGUAUUUGUGCCGUGGAUGACAAUGUGAGUUGAAUUUUCUAUUGUUGUUUGUGGUGUUAUUUAAAUGCUUUUGGGUUUGAUCUAAUUAAUCUUAUAACUUCGUUGAUUAGCUAUAAUUUAUUUUUGUUGAUCGAUAAUGUAAUUUAUUAAUUAUAUAUGCCUAGCAAUUGCAUAAGCUAAUAUUUUGGUUAUUUUUAAAUUGGGUACAUUUUAGUUUCUGCAGAACUGUGAGUAAUAUAACUGUAUCUGCUUAUUCAUUCUCUGGUGGGGGAAACUGUUGUUACAUAUUUCCUGUUGAUAAUGUAGAAGUAUGUUUCUAAUUGAUGAGAGUUGAAGUUUGUGUGGAAUUCAGUUAUUAGUUUGUAUCCCGAUUGGCAAUAAAAUGAGAAAUUGCUCAACAGCUGAUAAAGAAGCUAAGGUGUAUAGUUUUCAAGUCAUCCUUAACAGUCUUACACUAUGUGCCUGAGGAAUCUGGAGAGAGUGGAUUGCCUUUUCAUUUGUUGUGCCUAUGUGUCAGCUAUGUUCCUGGGGUAAUUGAAGCCUUCUUUCUAUCUUGAGAGUGUGAGUCAGUGGGAAGGGAGUGUAGUAUGUUCUGGUAGUUGUUUCUAUUGUUUAGCGUUUGGUUCAUUUUGAAAGAAUGUCACAACUGGACUUCCAAUAACUGCUUAGAACUGGCACAUGAUGUCUUCUAGAGGAUUAAGACGGAUGGGCUCUAAGCCUCAUUACUUCCAAUGGAUGUUGUAUUGAUGAGUUUGAAAGAAAGGGGGAAAGAAGGAAAUCGUCAAUCACAGAUGGCUGCUUGAUGUUCCUGGAAUGAGGAGAUAAUGGAUUCCCUUUUCAUUCAUUGUGUUGGCUAUCUAGAGUUGGGUGCUUUCUUGGUUUGAUGGAAUUGGCUGAGGCCUGGGUAAAUUUAAGCGCUUUUAAUUUGCUUAAUUUAUUGGUUUGAUUCUAGUAACUGCUCAUAAUUGGUACAUCUUGUGAAGGCUUCAGUCGAGAUCAUUCCAUUGGGAUUUGAGUCUCAAUACUUUUUGGGUUGGGUGCUUGCUUGGUUUCUGUAUUGGGAGCGUGGGACCGUGGAAAGUAAGGGUGAAUGGGCUGGGUAGGCUGCCCAAUUCUAUGAACCUGACCCAGCUUUAGUCUCAAUCCUUGAAUUGGGAAGAAGAUUUCUCAUCCUUAACCUCAUGUUGUUUUCUAGUUCUUUUGUUUAAAAUUUCAUUAUUGUCUAGGAAAAGAAGUUGCAAAUCAUUAU